CUUCCGGUUUCGGUGAUGACGCCACGCCCACCUGAUUGUGGCUCGCGCAAGGCGGGAAUUUGACAUCGCCUCAGAAACGCAGCAGAAAAUAAUCCGGAUAUAAAUAUAAUGAAGAAAGUAAAAGCUGCAGUGAGAAAUAAAACCCGAGCAGAAAAGAAACCUGACAGGAAACUGAAGAGAGACAAAAACGAAGCUCCAUCCGAGUCGCCGUAUCACUGCUUUCACCAUCCUGAGGAGAUCAGACUGUUCCGAUCUCGCCUGCUGACUUGGUACGAUGGGACUAAGAGGGAGCUGCCGUGGCGUACGCUGGCUGCGACGGAGGACGACGUCGACGUCAGGACUUACGGAGUUUGGGUAUCAGAGGUCAUGCUGCAGCAGACUCAAGUUGCCACGGUGAUCGAUUAUUACAAGCGAUGGAUGAAGAAGUGGCCGACGGUGCAGAAACUUGCAGCAGCUACAUUAGAGGAGGUGAAUCAGAUGUGGUCAGGACUCGGUUAUUACUCACGAGGACGCCGACUGCACGAAGGAGCUCAGAAGGUGGUGCAUGAUCUCAGAGGUGAGAUGCCAAAAAGUGCCGAAAAUCUUCUGAAGCAGCUUCCUGGAGUUGGACGAUACACAGCUGGAGCUGUGAGCUCCAUCGCACAGGGACAGGUGACCGGUGUGGUGGAUGGAAACGUGACGCGUGUCCUGUGUCGGGUUCGAGCCAUCGGAGCAGACAGCAGCAGCUCUCAUGUUACUGACACACUGUGGAAGUUGGCUGAUGUGCUGGUGGACACGGAACGACCUGGAGACUUUAACCAGGCUCUGAUGGAGCUGGGGGCCACAGUGUGCACUCCCAAAAGCCCUCAGUGUGCUCAGUGUCCCGUACACACACACUGCCACGCCUACAGCAGGGUCCGUUUACACCAAGACAGGAGCUCCAGGAGACUUCUGGGUAAACCGGACUCGGCACCUAACGGCUCCGUCCCUGAUGUAGAGAACUGCGCGAGCACCGGUGCCUGUAAUUUGUGUCUGUCAGAGGACUGGAACAGUGAGAUCGGGGUACAGAAUUUUCCCCGUAAACCCGUUAAGAAGGCGCCCCGUGUGGAGCGGACGCUGGUGUGUGUGCUGCGGCAGCGAUGUGGCGGUGAUGGAGAGACUCGGUACCUGCUCACACAGAGGCCCAGUAAAGGGCUGCUGGCCGGAAUGUGGGAGUUACCCAGCAUGCUGUUGGAGGAGGGCGUGUCCGAGAAGAAGCACAGAGACACGCUAAGCGCCGAGGUGAAAAGGAUUGUGGGAGCUGCACCAGAGUCCUUACAGUAUGUAGGAGAAGUGGAGCACAUCUUCUCCCACAUCCACCAAACGUACGUAGUUUACAGCGCGAGUGUGUGUGAGUCUGUAGAAGGUGAGAGAGAGCAGAAGAUCUGCUGGCUCGACCAAUCAGCUCUGCAGAAGGCCGCCAUUUCCACCGGGGUUAAAAAGAUCAUGAAGCUUUAUAACGAGACCACAAGCGAACCUCAGGACCCAAAGAAUAAGAAGCGAAAGCUUUCUGAAGCUACAGAGAAAAUGCCCAAACGAGCAGGAAACUCGGCUAACGGCCCGAAGCAGCUCUCGCUCAACAGCUUCUUCACCUCCAAACCAAAGAGCGGUUAAACUCUCGCAGCAUGACACACGAGUCGAUUCUCACAGACUCUCUGUUCGAUUCAGAUCUCACAAUCUGACACUCAACUUCAUUCAGGUCUUUGCUUUUGACUCAUGAAUCAAAUCGGAUCUCAGAAUCAGACUCGCGGUACGAUGAUUCAGAGUGCUAGGAAACAAUACUCAAUCAAUUCUUUACACAUUUAGAUUCUUUUGCUAAUUUCCCAACUAAAGUGACCAUUUUAAAACAAAUAUAACAGUUAUGUUUGAAUGUUUUUCUACUUUUUUAUAUAGAAUUAUUUUCAUAUUUUGUGUAACAUAAGCCAUAAGAACAAGAAUGAUUUUAAACAAUCUGAUAAAUUCUGAUUAUUAAAGAGAAAAUCAUGGUGCACUUAAUGAAUACUUAUAUUUCUGUUGUCGAUAAUCCAAAUCACAUAACAUCGGUGCAACACAUAACGUUGUGUUGGCCGUCGUUUGUUUUUCUAUCGUCGCUUUAUGUCUUUUAUUUUCUUUUAUACUCGACUUUUAACGAAAUGUGCUUUAGAAAUAAAUGACUAAAAAGUUGCUUUCUGCAUUUUAGAGCAAAAGUCAUUAUGUACACAUGUGUGUGAGUGAUUUUAAAACCAAGUACCAGUGCAGACCCUGCAUUUAGGUCAAAGGUUAAACCAGAGAGUAUUCAUCAGACCUGUAGAUAAGAGCUGUGGUGCAAACUGGGACAUGAUCUUGGCUGUGGACCAGGAGGCCUUCUUAUAGCAGCUUCACACACACACACACACCUCUGUCUGGGGGAGAACAGAUGAUGAUGGGGUUCCACAGAGGAGACACCAGAGCUGUUUGAUGUCCACCAUGUUGUGUUUACUGUAACUUACAUCACCUGAUUCAGUGAAUUCGAUUCAUUAAAGCACUUAAAUAAAGAAA